GGUAACAUCAAUGAUCUUGUGAGUUGUGAGCAAGGCCAAUAUAAAGAAAACGAUUUCCAUUGCUACAGGAAGUGGAGUGUGUGCUUCUUGGGCGAGCUUUUUCUGGUGUUUUGAUGGCUAGCGCUCUUUCGAAACUGAGGAAGCACUUGGGUUUUUCAGGAAAGACAAGACCCUCAUCCCUGCCCGGAGAACUAUGCCGCCGCUUUUCUCUAGACGAAAUAAAAACAGCAACCUACGACUUCAAUAGAGAAUUAAUCGUCGGUAAGGGUGGCUUUGGCACAGUAUAUAAGGGUUUCAUUGACGAGGGUAACUCCCGGCCUGUGGCGAUAAAGCGCUUGACGGUGAGUUCAUCGCAAGGUGAAGUACAGUUCAGGACGGAGACUCUAUUGCUCUGUCAAAUUCGCCACGUCCACCUCAUUUCAUUCCUCGGAUACUGCAUCGAUAAGGGCGAGAGGAUCAUCGUCUACGACUUCAUGGCCAACAACACGCUCCGCGGCCACCUCUACGGCACCGACAAGGCCCCCCUUAUGUGGAAACAGAGGCUCCAAAUUUGCAUCGGAGUGGCGAGUGGCCUGCACUUCCUACACACGGGGUUGAAGAACCCAGUUUUCCACCGUGACGUGAAGACGGCCAAUAUUCUCUUGGACGAGAAAUUGGUAGCCAAAGUUUCAGAUUUCGGAUUGUCCAGACAGCUUUUGAAUGACAUAAUCAAGUCUAGCAACCUCGUCGUGGACGUGGAGGGUACGAGGGGACCUUUGGAUUUUGGAUUGUCCGAACAGAUUGCGAGUAACGCUACGGCUAGUUACAACGACUUAAGUGGUAUCAAUAUCACUACUAGUGUAGACGGCACGUUUGGAUAUUUGGAUCCGGAAUACUUUAGGAGCCACCGACUCACAACAAAAUUCGAUGUAUAUUCCUUUGGCGUGGUGCUCUUGGAAGUAUUAUGUGCCCGACCACCGCUGGAUCUCCAAGCGGCCGAGCGGGAGCGUGUAAGUUUGGUCAACUGGGCCCAAAAAUGCAACAUGAAUGGGAGCAUUGGAGAAAUCGUAGAUCCCUAUCUGAAGGCCGGGAAGAUAGCUCCAGAAUGCUUCAAGGUAUACGUGGAGAUUGCGAUGACUUGCCUGCAAGAUAAGGGGAUCCAACGGCCUACGAUGGUAGAUGUGAUCGAAAAGCUAGAACUUGCACUGGAGCUGCAAGAGAAGGCGGAUUCAGAGAGAGAGAAGAUGAACAGUCCUGAUAGUGAUAUAAUGGAAGAUUUGUCCACAAAUUCACAAACACCGCCGAAUUGAUCUCGCAAUUAAAGCUUCUCCCGGCCGGGUUUGAGGUGAAAUAAUAAAAUACCCCAUUUGAUUUGUCAUUAAGACAUAUAGGUCUCUGUUAAGUAAAUUUAAAAUCUUUUAAUCCUUAUGCUAUCAGUUUCGAUAAUUUUAAUGGUUUCGUUAGUAAAUAAUGUAUUCUCUAGCUAGCUAGUUCUAGCUCUCGUCCUAUAUCCAGUUGAUUUUUAUUUUUAUUUUUUAAAAUGUAUCCUUGCAAACCACAAUUCUGCUGCUAUAUAACAACGUCUGCUUGAAUUCCUCAAC